GGAGAGGAGUAGUGAUGCUUCGUUGCAGCGUUACCGUUUCCGACACCUUCUUUUUAUAACUGAAGUCUGUUCCCUCCACCCGACCUGUCAAAACCACGCCUACGAAGCCACACAAUUGGUCCGAAAGCGUCAAAGAGCCAAUCAACAGGGCCCUGGUUCUCGCAACAUGCAACACAUCCAUACACUCUGGAGCCUACGGGACACAGAAGCGCAGAGAAUUCCUUGGUGCUGAGAUCUCGCCUCUCCGCUUUCACCGGACCGUUCCUUUCUUCUCUUAUUCCUUUUUGGAAUGUGUGUGUGCGCGUGAAAGACAGAGAAAGAAAGCGUGUGCGUGUGAGUGUCGUAUGGAACAGGGAAAGAGACGAAUUGGUCUGUUCAAUCGAAACAUCUCAACACAUCUUUCUCACUACGGGACUGGAACCAGGGAGAGAUUAAACACAUUUUAAAGGAAUACCGACAUUUUUCAAGUAGCAGGAACGCCAACAACAGCAAGUUAAAUAACUGUGAUUCGCCUGGCCAGCUUUAUUAUUAGCGAAAAUGUUCUGACGAGACAACGUACAAACAGUAGACUCAGCAACGAUUCAAAAAUAUAUUUUACAGCAUCGCAAAAGAUAAACGGAUUUCUUAAUCUCCCAUGGCAACAAUUUGGUUGGAAUAAAAAUCCUUUAGACUAAAUUGUAAUUUGUUACCGGGAUGCACAUUCAGAGAUUGUGAAUCGUUUUUUUUUUUUUUGUUUUGUUGUUGUUGUUUUUUUUUUUUUUUUUUACUUGCUAACCUGAAAGAGAAAUGCACAUUUGAAUCAGACCGAGAAUCAACAUUUCUUCUGCAGUUUACGCGUAAAUAAAGUAAAACGGCAUACAACUGGAAAUCUUGUGUUUAAGUGGAUGAGCUUCCCGAUGAGAGAUCCAGUUAUUCCAGGAACAAGUAUGGCAUAUCAUCCAUUUUUACCUCACCGCGCUCCAGACUUUGCUAUGAGCGCAAUGCUGGGCCACCAGCCUCCCUUCUUCCCGACUCUUGCACUGCCUCCCAACGGCGCUCUUUCUCUCCCGGGUGCACUCGGGAAGCCCAUCAUGGAUCAGCUGGUAGGCGCCACGGAAACCAGUCUUCACUUUUCCACGUUAGGGCACCAGGCUGCUGCCGCAGCUGCCCACUUAAGGCCUCUGAAAACAUUGGAACCAGAAGAAGAAGUGGAAGAUGACCCUAAAGUUCACCUGGAAGCUAAGGACCUUUGGGAACAGUUCCACAAACGGGGCACUGAAAUGGUUAUCACAAAAUCUGGAAGGCGAAUGUUUCCACCAUUUAAAGUGAGGUGUACUGGCUUGGACAAGAAAGCCAAGUACAUUUUGCUGAUGGAUAUUGUCGCAGCCGACGACUGCAGAUAUAAAUUCCAUAACUCGCGCUGGAUGGUGGCAGGGAAGGCCGACCCUGAAAUGCCAAAGCGGAUGUACAUUCACCCGGACAGCCCGGCGACUGGCGAACAGUGGAUGUCAAAAGUCGUCAAUUUUCACAAACUAAAACUGACGAACAACAUCUCCGACAAGCAUGGAUUUAAUUGUUUCCUGUUGCAGACGAUUCUGAACUCGAUGCACAAAUAUCAGCCUCGAUUUCACAUCGUGCGAGCCAACGACAUCCUUAAACUUCCCUAUAGUACGUUCAGGACCUACGUCUUUCCCGAAACUGAAUUCAUUGCUGUAACUGCUUACCAAAAUGAUAAGAUUACACAGUUAAAAAUUGACAAUAAUCCAUUCGCAAAAGGUUUCCGUGACACCGGCAAUGGGAGAAGAGAAAAAAGGAAGCAAUUGGCACUGCAGUCUAUAAGGUCCUAUGAGGAGCAACAGAAAAAAGACGACGGAACGCCGGACGACUCUUUGGGAGAGCAGGGUUCCUUCAAGUGUUUUGGUCAAGUAUCAACAGUAGGAGCCCCAACAUUAAAAGAAGUCUGUGAAAGCGAUGAAGAUAGCGACGAGGAAAGAGAAGAUGGAAACCAACAGGACGUACAAGAGGCCAGCAAAAUUUCUACCACCACAGAAGACACGAAGGAGGAAGAGGCACGCACUGCCAAAGCGCACCUGUUCGCCAAUAGACAUACCACAAGCCGGGAAAGAGAGGACGCAACGAACACUGAGAAGAGUCCAGCGGAUUCAAGGCAGAGCCCUAUUACUAUCAUUUCCAGCACCACUCGCUCUUUGGGCGGGGAAGAACUGAAGAGUCCUGCGCAAGAUCUACCCAAAACUGAAGAAUGCAGGUCUAUGAGCAAGGAGAAUUACGCGCCCUUGACUGUUCAAACUGACAGCAGCGCUCACAUAAAUCAAGCUCAUUUGCAUAAUUUUGGAUUUCCACCCGGUUUAGCAGGACAGCAGUUUUUCAACCCUCUGGGUGGCGCUCAUCCUUUUCUCUUGCACCCAAGUCAGUUUAGCAUGGGAGGUGCUUUCUCCAACAUGGCGGCUGCAGGCAUGGGCCCUUUACUAGCAGCUGUAUCGUCUGGAGGCGUCAGUACCAUGGACACAGCCAGCAUUGCGUCCCCAACUCAAGGCCUCACGGGAACACAUGGGCUGCCGUUUCAUCUCCAGCAACAUGUUCUUGCGUCACAGGGCCUCGCAAUGUCUCCAUUUGGAAGUCUUUUCCCUUAUCCCUACACCUAUAUGGCAGCAGCCGCAGCCGCUUCCACGGCGGCCUCUUCGUCGGUCCACCGCCAUCCUUUUCUUAACGCAGUGCGCCCUCGACUCCGAUACAACCCUUACACUAUUCCGAUGAGUGUGCCGGACAGUAGUACAUUGCUCACCACAGGUCUACCCCCAAUGCCCGGCAGUACCAUCGAAAAAAACAACAUGGCAACAAGUCCCGUAUCGGCAAACCUGGACUCCACUUCUGAAGUCAACAGCCGGUCUUCGACCCUAUCAUCGGGCUCGGUCUCCCAUUCGCCAAAAACAUGUUCUCAGAAAGACUCCACCAACGAGCUACAAAGUAUUCAACGCCUGGUCAGUGGACUAGACUCGAAACAGGACAGGCCACGAAGCCUGUCUCCAUAGAAAGUGAUAAAUAAAAGAAUAAAAUAUCAAAUCAGCAUUAAUGCAAUUUAUAAUGGGCGUAAUUCUGAUGACGAUAAGGAUACGUUUCUGGCUAAUGAGAGUUUGGCUUACAGACCUACCAAACCUAUUAGUUUUAAUGCACUUUGUUGAAAGAUUUGAGGUGUAUAGUUCUCUUCUAUUACACUAGACAAAAACUUUGAAUUGUCCCGCUCUUUGAACCCCACAAGUAUUGAAAAUGAAACUGUUUGUAAGAAUUAGAGUCAUGAACUUGUUAAAUUGCUGCUACGUCCGAUCUCUAUUUUAUAUUUAGAGGUGCUGGGAGAAGACUAAUUAAUGAAUUAAAUAUGUAGGCUGAAUUGGUUGUUGUGGUUUUGAUACUUAACCCUGGUAUAUUUUGUCGGUAAUGUCUGAAAUUAAAGCCAGGGGAAAUUAAAUUGCCUUUGAAUAUAUGUUAUCACAACUGAAAAUGUCCUUAUCCUACUGCUUUUCAAUGUACAUUUGACUCAAACCAUCGUAUCUUUAUUGAAUUGGAAAAAAUCAGAGACGUUACAAAUGUUAUCCAGGACUAUAAAUAUAAAUAUCUAUAUAAAAAGUAUUUAUGUAAUUAUUUGAUAUUGCGUGUAAAUAUAUCGAUUAGAAGUCUCGAGGUUCUGUCAUUAAUUUAUUGUUUAUGUACAUAGCAGUGUAAACGAUAGUGAACUGUUUUGUUUUAGUCAUCCACAUCCAUAUGUCUCGUAUGGAGUUACCUGUGUCUAAAAUCUCCACCACUCCCGACGCCCCUCUUCCGGCCUGUAUAGUUCUUAUUGCAGACAACAUCAUGUGCCAUCGUAAUUUUUUUGUCUUGGUGUUUCAAGUGCUACUGUUGAAAUUAAGUGACAAUUCAGCGCACCAAUGGCUUGGAAUAUUGAUGAAGAUUUCUUUCUUUCAGCAUUUUCUUUAAUUGUGUGUUAUAAAGAAUGGAUUUAUGAAAUGCCAUACUGCAGCUUGGAAGUAAAAGUGCCGAAACCUAUUCAAAAUGAAGGUUUAUUUUGUGUUUCUAAAGUUUCAUUUGUGUUCUAAAGUUGUCCUCGGGUAUCUAGUAUUACAUAUUUUGCUCCUGUUUUAUUAACAACAUUAGACUUGUUUCUUGAAAGUUUAAAUAAAAUGUUGAAAUGCAAUGUGUCUUUAUCUG